AUGGCUACCCUAUCCGAUUCUGAGAUAGAGAAGCUCUUCUCGGGAGCUCCUCAGUACUUUGACCGAUCCGAAGGCCAUUAUACUGGCGCUCCGCAUCCGUCAGUCGCGUUCCCUUGGGACGAGGAGCUCGAAAUCCGGGAUCUGACCGACCACACCCAGAUCGAAGACCGCGCUUGGACCUGCGUCUCAGCAUGGCCGCAUAUCACCCGUGAUAUCCAGCCUGAUAGGUCCACGGCCCAACGAGCUUCGGAGAGAAAGCGCCGUGCGCAUUUCUAUCCCCGCUGUCGCGAGCGGCCCAGCAUGCUGAGCAUGGGCGGGCUUGAGAAGGGAAGCAUGGGUUUCCAAGCCGCUUUGGAACUCAACGUUGCCGAUGCGCUAAAGGAGGAUCAAUGGGGCUUCGAGAGCCUCGCAUCCAGGCCUCACGCCAUCGUUGACGCACGGCAAAGAAUGCUGACCUCUAAGGAUGGCCUUCGCCAUGUGGACGAAACUUUGAUUUUCGAACAGCUGAUCAAAAACGGCAAGCGCUACAGUGAGCAGCACCCGCGCGAGCGUCGGCUCUCGAGCGAGCUAUACAAUGAGUUGUUCCUCCAGAUGCUUCACCCUCCGACAAAGGUGCUUGAUCAUAGAGAUCCAUAUAGCCUUUCGGUGCAAAUUGCUGCUUUGGUCAAGGUCCUCGCUGCUCCCAACAUCUGGAUCGACUUCUCACUCGUCGAGUGGAGAAUCCGGCUUGGGCAGUUGCUCUGGGGCAUCCCUGACGAGGGCCAGGCCGAUGAUGACGCAUCAAUCAAACCCGGCGAGGUCAGCGACGUUACGGAGGAGAGAUAUUGGCUUCUCCUCCAAAUCUUACUCGCUUGUGAGCUUCUUGUACGGCUCGACGCCAUUACGGAGGGCGACGAACUUGGCAUCGAGAGCAUCAACCCUGCUGAGAUCCACAAGUUCGAAAAAGACGCCAACACAACCGUUAAAUGGUCGUUGCACCUGGCCCGGGCAUGGUUGGAGAACAUUGAAAUAGUCAAGACAGACCCGCCCAGUCCAGAGCAGGAAAAGCCAAUAGGCUGGUUGGCAACUCUGACGAAGCGCAUGUCCAUUGCCCGCGACCAUGGCACUCAUAACCACAAGGACCAUCAUGGUCCGGUAUAUGCCAUUAAGGGUAGGCAUGUCGAGCGCCAGGUCUAUGGACUGAAGCAUUUUGCGACCAGGUUGCGCUGGCCCGACAUCGACUUCUAUGCUUCCAAAAUUUCCGAAAACUGCCGAGCAGUCACUGAAGGAACCCAGUUCAACACUCCGCUUGCGAGUCCCUUGAGCAGAGCAGAGAGCCAUCGCUCCUCCUACUUUACUGGCCAUGAUCUGCACAGACCAGCAGCUCCAAAGCGCGAGCCUUCGAGGCGCAGGAUGAUAUCGGCAGCAUUGCGCUCGGCGGGUUGGUUGUCAAAGAGCUAUGUGUCUGGUCUGAUGCUACCUGGUGAUGGUAUUUGUCAUUUCCUGAUGGCUACACUGUUGGAGAAUGACCCAGAGGCUAUGGCGAGGCUUGGAACCAUGGCCAACCUCUGCGGCGGUUUCGUGUAUUCGGGCAAGAGUUUCUGGAGCACGUCUUGCAUUGUCGGCCGGGUUCUUGCGGCGGGUAAGGGUUCUGCUGAGUGCAUGGGCUGGAUCUCUAGCGAUAUCACUCCCCAGGGAUUUGGUGGCGGCUGGGUGAAUAUCGACGUCGAGGAACCUGCAGAGGACGCCCUUGGGAUCAAUAAGAAGGCCCGCAUCUGGGCUAAGCUCGCAGUUGAGAGAGACUCAAACGUCUUGGGAGACGCGGACCCCUCGUCAGUCCUGCCAGCCGACUUUAUCAUCCCAUUUGAGAACGUGUAUCGCCACAAGACGCCACCCACCCUCCUGAUUGAGCUGGAUGCUUUGAAACUACAGGCACCAAUCAAUUCGAACCAUACCACUCCAGCUGAAGACAACGCGGCUACCCCCUUUUCGGAGCUUAGUCGCCCGGCGCAGAUCCAAACAUAUCCUGCUGAGGUGUCUUUUACCGUCAUGGAUAUGGACACCUACGAGACCAAGCAACAUACCUAUUCUUUGGCAAAGGAUGUCAACUUCGUGACCUCUCACCCAUGUGUCCCCUCUUCACAUGUCAAGAUUCUCAGGUCACCAUCCAGCCCUACCAUUCAGCAAGUGGACUUAUCCGGGCGUGGCGGCGCCGGUAAGACCGUAAGCGUUGUCGGCCACCCCCUCCAUAAAUCUUAUACAUACACUGCUCUGCAUCUGUCAGAGUUAAUGGCAAAGCAAGACUUCUCCCUCGAGGCGUUACUAGACGACUGCUCGUCCGCCGCCCACCGACCCAGUCUCACGCCCACUUCCGCCAAGAGCGCAGCCAAAUUCCUGGUGAUUGACUGCAUCACCGGUUUCCAGUCAUUGCCCCAGGAACACGAAAUACCCCUAUCGCCAGUCGUUAGCAGACACGGGAGCUAUUCAUUCCCUACACCUCGGAGGAGCAGCACCACCGACAGUUUUAAUAGUACAAAUGGUAAUGAUCACACUCCCGUCUCUCCCAUCACCUCGUCGACAAACGAGUGCGCUAGUCCGACGACGCUCGAGGGUGUCAAGGAAGAGGGAGCAACGGGAGGGGGGAACAUGGAGAGUGCCUCAAGAAAGAUGCACUCGGAGACGCGAAGGCGCCAGUUUGGUUCGGAUAUGGAGAUACUCGUCAGAGCGUUUUGCGCGGAGAAGGGCUGGAAUGCCGUGAUUAGUCGAAGACGGAGAGGAUGUUUGGCUUGUGCGAUUCGGGAGGCGGGGGCGUUAGGGUGGAAGGUUGUUAUUAGGGUUGAUUAA